UUCAAAUGAAUUUGUGUAGUUGAAAAGUAUACGGCGUCCAUACCGAGUUAUAUGAAAAGUUCAGUCUGUUCCCGUUCGUCAUUCUAUAGGCAUAAUAAUAUUCGACUCUGCAUUAUCUGGGUAUACGUGGUGAGCGAAGGUAACAUCAGUUCGUGUUGCCUCUACUUACCGACCGCUUACCGGAUUGAGUUGCGCGUGUAGGGGAGGACACAGAGGGCGCUGCUUGUCAAUGAAUUUAUGUCCGCCAUUUUCGAUUACGAAAAGCCCCAUAAAGCUAGCAGUCUUUAUAUACCUUCAGUCAACGUUUGUACAUCUGCGGCAUUUUCUCCAGAAUCUCCAGGACAAUGUAUCUAGAAAUCAAUACACCUUGUGCAGGCGCAGGCGCGAUGCUGAAUGCGAGCAACGCAUGUCACACACAACGAUGGAAUUGUCAGUGUAUUUUGUAAUUAUUGACAGAAAGUAUCCCUGUUAAUUGUUAAACUGACUUACCUUCAGUUUAUAGUCUUCCAGAGGAAUUAUUUUAUAUCUUAAAAAUGGCUCGCGAUAUACACGGGAAAGUUUAUCUGGGAUAUGAGGAUGAAUGUGUUACAGAAAAGUAUCGCUGUCUUGUGAAUUUUACUACAAAUAAAAUCGGCGGUAAACCGGAUUGGCACUACAGUAAAACAUCCGAUUCAACACCUCGAUGCAGUCUCUGUGGCCUGCAACAAUUAUUAGCCUUGCAAGUUUAUGCACCUUUAGAAAACUCCAAGUACCACCGUACGCUGUACAUAUUUACGUGCAUUAAUCCAAAUUGUUGGAACCAAAAUGAAAGCUGGACUUGUAUUCGAGUACAAUCAAUCGAAGAUACGACGAGCACAAAUGCUUCAGCCAGUAGUAGCGUUCGAACAGAUUCAGCGACAAACUGGUUGUCUGAUGCAGAUGAUUGGGGGAAUGAUUCCAAUGAUAAUAUGGCAGAGCAGAAUGGAAAUAACGUAGCAUUUAAUCAAAAGCAAUUCAAUCUUUCCUCAUGGAACAAGAGCUUGGAACAAGAUUUUAGUAAUGAUUUUUCAAAACUGUAUGUCGACGACCCUAAUGCUAACAGCCCUACAGGUAUAGAAAGUCCCACAAUCGGUGGAGGAGGAGCAGUAGGAAGACUGGAUUCACCUCAUGCUUCUGCUGAAAUAGAAGGUGAAGAAAAUGAAGUAAUCUGCAUUGAUACGCCGACAAAGCCGCAACACGAUCUGAUCAGUCUACUGCACGAAGUUACACCUCUGCCCGUGCAGCAUGUAGAAUCAAAGGAUGAGGUUUGCCUAACAUUCUCGGAAAUAUUUGUCUUUGUUGAAGAAGAAGAUUAUAACUCUCACGUGCCGCAGCAUGUUCGUGAUUUACUUCUUGAAUAUCAACAAUCUAAUCCUGACUCCAUUCCUAAUUCUCCCGUUGAAUCUGGAGCUGGCAAGGCGACUGAUACUGCUCUAGAAAAAUAUGAGAAAGGAAUUCCAGUUCAUGGAGAUGAGAUGUUCCAUGAUUUCAUGUCUAGACUACAGAUGAAUCCUGGACAGAUUCUCAGGUACUCGCGAGAUAAUAAUGCCGUGUUGCUACCAUACCCGAUGGCAGGAAGUGUUGGUAGAUGCAAGCAUUGUGGAGAAGAGAUGACAUUUGAAUUACAAAUAUUAUCAACUGUGAUACCAAAGUUAAAAUUGACCACUCAACAGGAGCAAGAUUUCCAGAUUGAGUUUGGGACAGUUUUAAUAUACACCUGUUUGCGCAGCUGUUGGUCCUCGACAGAUACAUACAGAGAUGAGACAAUUAUUGUGCUACCAGAAAAAUUAUGUUAAUUUUCGAUAGAGGUCUGACUGAGAACAAUAUUUUGGAAACGUACACUAAGUAAAAUAUUCAGUCAACUUUCUAGGAGAUACCGUCCAAUAAUCGGUAUAUACCUAAUAGAACUGCUACCGAAUAGCAAGGGUAAUUUAAGUCAAGGGGAAUCUGUGGUCUGAUUAUAUACCCUACCUCUAGCCAUAAAUGUUCCUGAAACAAAAUUCAGUAUCUGUUGCUUGUUAGAAUGUUAUUCUUCAAACAAGGAUCUACUAUGUACUAUUCAGAUGACAUAUAUACGCAAAUAUAAAUCAGAACAGUUA